AGUUUUAACAAAAAUAUGUUUAAAGGAUUCAACAUAUCUAAAGAGCUAUGGAGUAAUUUUGAAGAAUCUGCAAUAAUGUAUCGAUUAGGAAGAAAUGCAAAAAUUCAAAAAAAAUAUCGAGAAAUUAGCAAAAUUGCUUUUGCUGUAUUGUUUGCUUGCAAUUUGAUUACCUCCGUUAUAUUUGUUAUUUUAUACACGAGGUGUUUUAAAACAAUCAUUAAUUGUGACCAAGUGAACACAUCAAAUUCAAAUAAUAAUACCAUAAGCAAUACAUCUUUUACUCUUUCAGCAGAAUAUGCUAUGGAUCUGAGUUUAUACCAAGAUAAUAAAAACAAAAUAAUUUACUCAUCUUUUAUCGAUAAACUGUCGUGCAAUGUUUGUUCCUUUUGUACUUGGUUUAAAGGGAAAGACAAACCAACAAACAACAAGCAAUUCGUGUUUAAGUACUUUACAUUGUCCUCAAAUAUUUCGUUAUUUUUUCAAAAUGGUUACGCAGUUGUAACUCUGGAUGACAAUACAAUACUUAGUUACAUUCACCAUGCUUUUUCAAAUAAUGAAUGGAAUCAUAUUUGCAUAAUGAUUGACUCAGCGCAAAUUGAACUUUACUUAAAUGGUAAACUGGAAAAACAGACUAAUUUGAGCGAAAAAUUUUUUUUUUCUGAAGUUCAACGAAAUUUUCUUAUUGGAAGUGACAACUAUAACGAUACCUUUCAUGGUGAACUAUCCCAGUUUCUAAUAUACAACAAGAAACUGUCAAGCAAAGAGUUGCUUUGGAGCACCAGGUUUAACUAUUCUAACGAUCAAGUUCUGUUGGGGUGGAGCGAUGUGUUAUCGCGUUUUUCAUAUCUGAAAAUUCCAUUUAGUAUUUAAAGAUUUUAUACAUAAACUAAUCGUCGUUAAACUAAUUACUCCAAAUCGCUGUUAAAAAAACCGUCGUUAAACAAACUA